AUGUCAGCAGCACGCUCUACGUAUGCUCGCAGCACCUGGUACCGUGCUAUGCGCCUCGAUCCCUACCAUGACACAAUGGGCAGUGUCCGAGAUGUCGAUAUCCACGAUGCUUUGAAAACCAAGACAGCUGCUGGCUAUGCUGGGAAAGAGAACCCAGCCUUGGAGUCUGGUAUCGACUCGCAAGUAAAGGCCCUCGUCAAUUUGUUGAAGAAAAAAUACCUGUCUAGCAGCGAAAAAUUGCGGCCAGCUGAUUUUGGCAAGAUUGGCCAGUACUUUACGCUUGACACCCUCACAUCUGUGGCGUUUGGUGAACCAUUUGGAUUUCUCACUAAAGAUGGAGACGUCCACCAGUAUAUCAAGACGACCGAGGACUUGGUCAACUUGAUCCCAACCUUUGCCGAGAUCCCAUGGCUGCAGAGAAUCUUUCUAUCUGAUUGGAUGCUGCGCUUGAUUGGGCCAAAGGAGACAGAUGAUAAAGGUGUUGGGAAGUUAAUGGGGGUGGCGAAGGUUAUGGUGACCGAGCGAUUUGGACCCGAUGCAAAAGAUCACAAGGACAUGCUUGUUAGUUGA